AUGGGUUUGAAAUGGUAUUCCCUUUACUGUAAAGGAAAUAGUCUUAUCGAGUUAAACUGUCCGAAAAUUGGUAAAUUCGAUUGCAGUAUAUAUGUGUGAUUCAGGACAGAUUAGAACUUCCGGGUAGGAAUUACGUGAGCAAGUGGAGUGUUUGUUAUCCAUAGUCAGUAUCUUCUUGACACAGCUAUUGAUAAUUAAUGAAUAAGAGUGUGAAAUGAUGAACAAUAAAAGGUCUCCUUUAGUUUUUAAGAUGUAGAGAUCUCAAUAUCACAGACUAAAGUUAGGAAAAUAUAUUGAUUUCACUUUAAUUUUAGAAUUGCACGAAUUUGGAAUGACCAACAUAACUUUAUUGAUCACUUUUCGGAAUAUCAUAGUCAAAGAAGCCCAAUUAUAUAUGUUCGAGCAACAGCUAGUAAUUCCCUAGCUAACUGUCUAUCUGUAGCUGCACAUUUUAAAACAACAUGUGGUAGUACGACUGUGCCGGUAGCCAAUAUAAAUGCAACAACUGGCACAAAUGUUACAUGUGCAUCAUUAAGCGGUACUCUUUGUCCUGGCACAGUAGUUUUUGGUUCAUGUGUAUUUCAACAUAAACUAUGUGUUACAUGUUAUACAAGUGGAUCAACAGUUAAAAUUCGUGUUCAAUCAAAUGGUUUACCAUUAUUUUGUCCAAGCAUACCUUCGGGAACAUUUUCAGAACUCAAUGUUGAUUAUGAAGUUAAUUUUAAUCCAGACGUCUCCGUAAGUUCACCGAAUGUCAAUGUAGCAACACGAAGUGCUCUUUCCAGUAUUGUUUGUGAUAUAAACAGUCAAAGUAGUGCACCGUCUGCUUCCGCUUACGUACAGCAUGGAUCGACAAAUUUAGGAACUGUUGCCGGUACAUCGAUUGACGGUGUUUCGAUAAUGAACGUAAAUAAUGCCAUGGAUGUUGAUCCAUUUUUUCCAGCAGGCGGUAAUACUGCUGAAAUGGUUGAUUCAUGUUUGGCGCAUUGUCAAGUUACUGGUAUUUAUCAUUAUCAUAUUGGCUCUGGUUGUGCUCUUUAUGGUUCUAAUCUAGCAACAUACAGCGUAACUCAAUUUACAAAUUAUCGAACAUUAACCGUUAUUGGCAUAGCCAAAGAUGGACAUGUUAUUUAUGGCCCAUAUGAUUCAACUGGAACACAAGUAACAAGCGGUUUUGAUGUCUGUAAUGGAAUGUUCUAUGAUUCUAUCGGUAAUUACGGAUAUUUUGCUACACAAACAUUUCCAUACUUAACCGGAUGUUUUGGACCAAACAUGGUCGAGCCCGUCCCAACGGGACUGGGACCGGGACCAACACUAGAACUAAGAUGUGUUUCGGUAGAAGCAUAG